GUAGAGCCGCAUGUGGGUGGAGUUUUUAGGGGACACUAGAAGUCGCGUGAGAUAAAUAUAGAAGAAGGGAAGAUCCUCGGCUGAAAGAUUGCCGUGCUGGUCAGUCCAACUUUCUCCUUCCCCACGGCGGAUCUACUAAAUCCAUCGAAGCGCUUUCGGAUUUUUGCCUCUGUUUGUUGAAGAUAUAUUUCACUUUCCUGACUGAAAAAAAUGGCUGAUGACGAGAACGAAUACAGUGAAGAAGAAGAGGAGGAAGAAACAAAUGUUGAAGAAAAGGAAGAGCCUCCGCCAAAAGUUGAAUUAUCCGAAGCCGAGUUGGCUCUGGAGAAAAUGAGGAAGAAGAAAGAAGAAGAAGAAGCAAUGUGGACUGAGUACAUGGAACAAAGGAAAAAACAGAGAGCAAAAGAAGAGGAAGAGUUAAGGAAAUUAAAGGAACGUCAGAUGAAACGAAAAGAAAGAAGAAAAGAAGAAGAAAAAAAAAUACUUGCCUUUAAAAAACAACAAGAGUCUCAAAGAAUAAAAGAAAUGGAAGAAAAGAAAGCUAAAGAAGCGGAUGCAAAAAAGAAACGUUUAGAAGAGGCGGAGAAGAAGCGGCAAGCCAUGCAAGAGGCGCUACAGAGAAAUAAAAUUCAAGAGCCCGUCACUCCGAAUUUUAUUAUUACGAAACGAAAUGAGGAUAGUGCAGUCCACCCUGCUCUAGAUAAAUUUCCCAGUGCUCUCUAUAUGCGAAAUGAAAUGGCCAAAACGAAAGAGCAACUUGCCGACGAUAAGAAAAUAGCUAUGACAGUUCGUGUGAAACCCCUUAACAUUGAAUAUUUGAGUGUCUCAGAACUAAAACAAAAAGCUCAAGAGCUAUGGGAAGCAAUCGUUAGGCUGGAGAGCGAAAAGUAUGACUUAGAAGAGAGAAGAAAAAGACAAGAAUACGAUCUGAAGGAACUCAGUGAGAGGCAGAGACAAAUCAACAGAAGCAAAGCUCUAAAAAAAGGACUGGAUCCAGACGCUCUCAGCGGGAAAUAUCCGCCAAUGAUCAACGUAGCUAGUAAAUACGAAAGGCGUCUCGAUCGAAGAAGUUUUGUGGAUAAAAAAUCUCUGUUUGAAGGAGGUUACAUGUCCCAAAUAGAGCAUAUGAGUGAAACUGAGUGGGAAAAUAAAAUGAAAUAUUUCACAGAGAAAGGGCCAUCACGCUUGCCCAAAUGGGAUCCGAGUGCACCUAAGAACAAAGAAAAGCAGGAAUCUCGAGAGCCCAUUGAAGAAGAUGAAGACAUCGGUCAUUCGCCUUUUCUAGGUCCUGGACCAGGUGACGAACUACUUGAUACGUUACCAGAAGCAAAGGAACCAGAACCUGAUGCUCAAGAAGAGGAAGAGGAAGAAGAAGAAGAUGAGGAGGAGGAGGAGGAAGAAGAAGAAGAGGAGGAGGAAGAAUAGUUUUGCACAUUUACAAAUCUUGCAGGUGCAGUCAUCCAUCAGAUAGAAAGACUAUUUUGUCUUUCUGUAUGUUGUCCUCCUCUUCACCAAUGUAUGUCAACUGCCAAGAGCCGACAUUGGCUUGAAAUAAGUUCGCUUUAUGGUGCUGCAUAUAUCUCAAGUUUUUGAUCGUCAAGCCGAAUACUUUGCACGAGCUUUUCUUAGUUGGACUCAAGAACUAAAAACUAUGUUUGUAAUCAACAAAAGACCUGUGAUUAUGUUUAAUUACAUCUUUUUAAUUUAAUAAUUUUGAGCCCAUAAAAAUAUUAUUUUCUGUCCACAUAACUGUUUCUUCUAUUAAGAACCAAUAAAAAUGAUGUGCAAUCUUUCGAA